CGUGCGUUUUGCAUUCAACACUCAGUCGAGAAGCCUCUUUUAGGGUCAUCAAACGCUCUAUAGCGGGCCCUUGUGCUUAAAAACAUAAGAUCUUUAGAAUCAUCUAUAAAAUACCCCAUACAAUAGGGUUUUACGUGACUAUUACUAUGUUUUGUUAAUGUGGAUAAGUGUUGUUAAUACUAAAUCAUAGUGUUAAGUUUCGGUUAAGUUAGUGUUAAGUGAUAUGAGUGUUUCAAAUUGAAGUGCAAAUGUGCUUUCAAUAUACUUCACUGGUUAUGGAUUGCUGAGUUAAAAAUGUGGGAAACUAUUUGCUACGUGAAAUCUGUAAGGAAAAAGGGGCUUCUGAUAUAGGCCCCUCCAUUAUGUCCAGCGGGAGUUGUUCCGGUCCCGGGAUAUGUGGGGGUGCGCGGCGCCGUCCCCCACCUCCCCCCGAACCCGGGAUAUCCCUGGCCGCAGAUCUCAGCGAGUUGAGUUUAGACCAAGGCUACCAUACUCUGGCUGACUGCGGCCCACCAAGAAGAAGGAAGGAUAAUACCCUGAGUGAUGCAUUAUGGUUGAAGAUCCUCUCGCAUCUCGAGGUGUCAGACUUAUGUCGAAUGUCCAGGGUCUGCAGACGAUGGGCCAGGCUAAUCACCAGGUUAACAGCAAGGGCUGAAGUAUGGAGACGUGUCCGUACUGCUGGCCCUUUGGAGAUAGCAGCGCGGUGCGCUGGAGCUAGGGCUGGACCAUGUAUUACUGCUGUCAGGGAGUGGAGAUCGAAGAAUUGUGCUGUGACGGUAGCUGGUGCCCAGUUGCUGGCAGCGACUUUUAGAAAUCUGACUCAUUUGGCGGUUAUAGGGUCUACCAGCAUAGACGCGCGGUCUUUAGCGCCGAUAAUUACGGAUUUAGUGGAUCUUAGGCAUAUUGACCUCACCGGUUGCCCAAACGUGGACUGGCCGGAGUGGGCAUGGCUGGAGACGCGACUCUCCACCCGCAAGCCACCAGUGGAGUAUAUAGAUCUGACCGACUGUGGGCUUGUCACAGAUGGUGGUUUAUGUGCAUUGCUACAUACUUGCCCAUCGUUGCAAUACUUGUAUUUGCGGCGGUGUACCCUAGUCACAGAUGCAGGCGUACGAUGGAUACCCUCAUAUUGCGCGCUGAAAGAGUUAAGCGUGUCUGACUGUACCGGCGUGACGGACUUCGGUUUAUACGAAUUAGCGAAGUUAGGUCCGGCAUUGAGAUAUCUCUCUGUCGCUAAGUGUACGCAGGUGUCAGAUUCCGGUAUCCGGACUCUCGCACGGCGAUGUUACAAACUCCGCUAUUUGAACGCGAGGGGAUGUGGCGCUCUCGGGGAUGGUGGAGUGGAGGCAGUCGCUCGGGGAUGUUCAAGGCUGAGGGCUUUGGAUUUGGGAGCCACUGACGUGUCAGAAGCUGGUCUACAGAUCCUUGCGCGAUGCUGUCCAAACUUAAAGAAGUUAGCUCUUAGGGGCUGCGAACUAAUUGGUGAUGAUGGACUCGAAGCUGUAGCCUAUUACUGCAGAGGACUGACCCAAUUGAAUAUACAAGACACGCCUGUAACUUUACGAGGUUAUCGAGCAGUCAAGAAGUACUGCAAGAGGUGCGUCAUCGAACAUACAAACCCUGGAUUUUGUUGAUUUUUAGUGGACUUAUAUUUUACUUGACACUCACCCUUGCCUCGCGUGCGUGUAUAGUGUAUGUAAUAUAUAUCAUAGAACUAAAUGUAUGUUUCAUACAUAUGAACCUUCUGGAAAAAUCUGUAAAAGCUAGAGACAAACGUGUCGAAUUUUAUCCUUUGCCCGGUUUAGAAGUUAUAGGAUAAAAUGACUAACAAAACUAGUGAAUAUGAUAUUUUACACAAGCACAUUGAAUUCUGUGUGAUUUAAAACUUUAUUUUAAUGUAAUUAAGUUCAUUUUUUUGUCUGGCGCAUGUAACAACACUACUGCAUUAACUUCAUGAAAUUAAAAAUACAAAUAAUUAAUAUAAAAUAUAAUAUUAGAAAUUGUUAUCAUUUUAAGCAAUCUGUAAAAGAAAAAAAAAAGAAUCGAAAUAUUAUCUGUUAC